AUGUCGACUUCAGCAUUAGGCAACCUGGUUCGGAUCGUUCCGCUUGAGCUUUCAGAUCUUCCUCCCCAUCCCAGCAUUCCCCAACAAUCUCAAGCCGCCUCGACCACCACGCCCUCCGACUCCCGUCUCAUAACCUUUCUUCUUGCGAUCCUCGACGAAGCGUCGACCUUCAUUUCCCCAUCCACGUUCUCCACAACGUUCACCUCUCUAUCGACAAAAUCCUCCCCGCCAUCCGCUUCUCCGGUCGAGGUCUAUAAACGCGAGAUUUCUGCCUCAGACGUAUCAUCCAUCCAAUGGUCUGCGAACCAAAGGGUGCCACGAGAACCGCCAGCAAAGGUAGAGGAUGAGAACUGGUUCGCGCGCAGAUCGGUGCACAAGAAUGAGCCCAGUAAGACGAGCGAAGGCAGUGCUAGUUGGUCCGAAUUCGUAUUUGGUCUGAAGGAGCAGCACUCAAAGCACGAGCAAGAUUUCACACCAACGCUGUACGAUGCACACUACGUCCUUGAUUGGAAUGAGGAGAUUCGGAACCUUCCCAAACAGGGUGGCACGAACGAGGACUGGAUUGAGGGUGAGAAUGGAAUCAGAUAUACAGAUAUCACGAUGGAGAUAUUCGAAAUGUGCCACUCACUCCCCGGUCCCCUCGGUCCCCGCUGCUUCCCAGUUCUCGUCCUAACCGCCUUUACAUCACCAACGUCCUUCCUCGCCGUUACCGUCCCAGUCAAUCUGCUCUCUCCUGCACCUCUAGAAGCAGCGUACUACAGCACCGGCCGCAACGCCACCGACCCUUCUGCAUCGGAACAGCAGCAGAAGAGGCCUGUUGUAGGUGUUUAUGCUGCGGUUGAGACGGUAAAACUGCUGGGUAAUGGUGAGGGUGAGGAGGGCGGGAUUGAGGUCAGGGAUGGCGAUGGGAGGGAUAUCGAAUGGAUCAUGGCAAUGGCGAGUGACGCGAAAGGUAACCUCCCGAUGUUCUUGCAGAAACCAAAUCUACCAAGCGCAGUGGCGAAGGAUGUGGGGCUCUUUAUGCAGUGGAUUAAAGGGGUGGAUGUGGAGAAGGAGAGGCAGGGUGGGAAGGAUGUGUUAUGA